CAGCUAGUUACAAACAUGCGCAUCAGCAUAUUUGUCGUCAACAACUCAAUCCCUUGGUAUCAUAUCUUAUACUGCGAUUCGAUUGCUUCCUCUGUUCCCCUUUGCAAUUCACAUCAUUUUUCAUUAUCAGUCUAGUGCAACCUUUCUCCACCUGAUACCCUAAAACGAGAAGGAGGCUAGCUACCAGGCAACCUUCUACCAAUGUCCUGUGACCAACUGCCAUGAUUCCGCGAUGGGCUUCCAUAGUGAGCUGCCUCAUACUGGCACUUUUGAUGCAGAUAGGCGCUGCCGCAAAAUCGGAAGAUCAGCUCAAAAUUGAACCAAAAACGCUUAAGCUCGACGAAUCACCCGCCGCGCUUUUCUAUUUCGAAGGCACCGAAACAGUGCUGACCCACCUCUCCGACGGAGAACUAUACCGGUCAUUCGAUGGAGGGAAAGAAUGGGAAGUUGUCGAAACCGAGGGUGCGGCCGUGGGCCCGGUUUUGAUGAUUCGGCAGCAUCCCUUCGACAACAAGAAAGCCUACGCCCUGUCGAUAAAUGGGCGCCACUGGAUCACGACUGAUCAGGCAAAAACGUGGAAGUCUUUUGAAGUCGCGGAUACUCCGGCGUCGUACUUUUCUCCUCUAGUCUUCCACGGUUGGAAUUCCAGCAAAGUCAUCUUGCAGAGCGAUGAAUGCGCCGGCCGAUAUUGCAUUGUGAGAUCGUAUUACACAACGGAUGAUUUCAAAUCAGUGCAUCUCCUUCGUGAGGGUACUGGUGGGUGUGUAUGGGCCGCAGGUGAUCCUCAAUUCGCCGAAAAUCCAGAAACACGCAAGGAGAUUGAAGAUCGCUCUCUUUGCGUGGUCACCGGCUUGAAGAUACCCCUUCCGCAUGCUUACCGUCUUGUAUACUCGGAUACUUAUUUCAAAGAUGAUGGCGGUACAGAAGUGAAGCUACAAGAAGGACGAACAGUUUCGGGCGUCCAAAGUAUUGUAGCAACAGAAAAAUUUCUUCUUGCUGCAGCCAAGUCUAAAGGGACUGAGGAGCUUGCUUUGUACGUCACGACUGAUGCCAACAGCUGGCACCGUGCAGAGUUUGACGAUCACCGGAUUGAAGAAGAUGCAUAUACGGUGCUGGAUGGUACCAACCACAGUCUUCAAGUGGACGUCUUGACAAGCAAAACUAGCGAGAUGGGCGUUCUCUUCACAUCCAACGCCAAUGGCACCUACUUCACCCGUAACCUUGAGCAUACAAAUCGCAAAAAGACAAGAGUCGACUUUAAGCGUAUUGUUGGUAUUGAAGGUAUCAUGUUGGUAAAUACUGUGAAGAACAGUGACGAUGUCAGCUCCGGACGUGAAGAGAAACAGGUCGUUAGUAAAGUUACUUUUGACGAUGGCCGGUCUUUCAAGUCACUGAAAGCUGGCAAGGACGACCUCCAUCUCCAUUCAGUGACCACUACGAAGAACAUUGGACGAUUAUUCUCAAGCGCUACGGCACCGGGGCUAGUGGCCGGGAUAGGAAAUACAGGCAGCCAUCUUACAGAUUUUCUGGAUGGCGACUUCUAUAUCUCAAGUGACGCAGGUGCCACUUGGAAGCUUGCCCUCGAAGGUCCCCACAAAUACGAAUUCGGCGAUCAAGGUGCAAUAGUGGUAGCGAUCGAGGACGGUGAUAAAGUCGACAGUAUCCAAUUUUCUUUCAAUCACGGCAAAGAUUGGAAGACGGCAAAACUUGAGCACAAGAUUCGCCCUGUUACCAUCACGACUGCUCCCAGUCCAGUCAGUUUAAAAUUCAUCGUGAUUGGUGAAUUAGACGGAGGCAAAACCGGGAAGCAUGUUAUAUAUACAUUCGACCUCAAGGAUAUCCGUCAGCGGAAAUGUGAAGAGAAGGAUUUCGAUACUAAAUGGCCGGCUCGAUUCAAUGAAACGGGCGAAUCUAAUUGUGUGAUGGGUCGCAGGCAAUACUUCAAGCGCAGAAAGGCCGAUGCUGAUUGCUUUGUGGACGGAAAACCUGAAGAUUUCGAGGCAUUUUUUGAACCAUGCAAAUGUGGGAUCGAAGAUUUCGAGUGCGAAUACAAACACGAUAAGGAUGGGGAGGGCUGUGUCCUUCCAUCGCUAUCACCUCCGGCAGGUGAAUGCAAGGAUCCAUCUGACACAUAUAUGGCCCCUUCGGGCUGGAGGUUAAUUCCGGGCAAUGCUUGCAAUCGAGAUGGUGGCAAGAAUCUCGACGAAGAAAUCCAAAAGUCGUGCAACGGGACUGAGAGUAAACCGCCAUCCGGAGUUGUUGAGCCAAAGAAGAGUCGCUUCGAUAAAGCCGUUGGGGCAUAUGUUUAUCUGGAACGCCAGCCGACAAACCGAGGAGACGAUGAGGCCAUUGUAUUGCUUACCAUGGAUGCCACGCUUCACAUCUCAGUCGACCACGGUAAAGAGUGGCAACAGCCUGCACGCAUCAAAGGGAAGAAGAUUAUUACAAUCGCUUCGCACCCCUACAAUAGUGAGGCUGCCUUCUUUCUCACAUCCGGGACUGAGGGAUUCUAUACUGUCAACCGUGGGCAAAGCUUCGAGGUCUUUGAAGCGCCGAUUCCUCCAGUCAAAGAUAGCCAGAUUCCCACCCUUACAUUCCAUCCGCAGUACCCUGAUCGGCUGAUCUGGAUGGGAGGGGUGGACUGCCCCUCCAUCAACUGCCAUUCCGAUGCUUAUUAUAGCGAUAAUCGUGGCCAUGACUGGAAACUUCUUCUUCGCUAUGCUAAGAAAUGCGAGUUUGGGUCUAGAGAGAAUCUUGCUGAAAGCAUGAAUCUCAUAUUUUGCGAACAGCAUCGGGAUGAAAACGCUGCCAACAAACAGAUACGGCUCCUAUCCAGCGACGACUUCUUCACGAGUCCGCCAAAGGAAGUUUUCGACCUAGUUUAUGAUUAUGCCACCAUGUCCGAGUUUAUCAUUGUGGCUUCUCCCGACCCGAACGACCCGAAAUCUUUAGCUGCUAGCGUCAGCGUGGAUGGCAAGACCUUCGCAGGGGUUAAGUUUCCCCCGAAUGUCCAGGUGCCUGAACAAAAAGCGUACACUGUCCUCGACAGCUCUGGCCAUGCCGUGUUCCUACACGUGACAGUGGGUAACGUCGAUGGGGGUAGAUACGGCUCCAUAAUCAAGAGCAACAGCAAUGGCACUACUUAUGUUCUCAGCCUUGCAGCAGUGAGUCAAAGUGAUGAAGGCUACGUUGAUUUUGAGAAGAUACAGGGCAUGGAAGGGGUGGCACUUGCAAACAUUGUCAGCAAUACAGACGCGGUAUCAAAGGGUGCCCCGAAAGCGAUUAAAACGAUGAUCACCCACAACGAUGGAGCACAGUGGGCGUUGCUGCCCCCUCCCCUGAAAGACGCCCGAGGCAAGCCUUUUGAAUGCUCUACAAAGAGUGUAGAAGAGUGUUCUCUCAAUCUCCAUGGUUACACAGAACGCAAAGAUGAGAGGGACACGAUGUCCUCAGGCUCCGCAAUUGGCCUCAUGAUGGGCAUGGGCAACGUUGGCAGUCAGCUGGCUGGCACAGAAGAUGCAGACACCUUUCUUACAACCGACGGAGGAUUCACAUGGAAAUUCGUCAAGAAAGGAAAACAUAUAUAUGAAUUCGGCGACGCCGGCUCCGUCAUUGUGAUUGUGCCUGACUUCAACACCACCAAGGUUCUAUAUUAUAGUACCGAUGAGGGCGACAGCUGGGAAGAGUUCGCUUUCUCAGAUGUGGACAUGUACAUUGACGACAUCACCACAGUGCCUUCCGAUACUUCGAAGAAAUUUCUCCUCUGGGGCAGACAUACGGAUUCCAGCGACCUAGUCACCGUCAACAUUGACUUUAGCGGACUCCGUGACAGACCGUGCUCUCUGGAUGAGACCAAAGAAAAUGACGAUUACUAUCUCUGGGAACCGAAACACCCUUUCCAGGAGGAUAACUGCCUCUUUGGUCAUGUUGAGCAGUACCAUCGCAAGAAGACGUCAGCCCAGUGCUGGAAUGGAUGGAAAGAGCCACAUGUCCACAGUAUCGGAAACAAUUGCACCUGUACCCGGGCUGAUUUUGAAUGUGAUUACAACUAUGAGCCUCAAAAUGAUGGUAGCUGUGCUCUCGUUCCCGGGCUGCCCAUGCCCGAUGCAAUGGCUAUCUGCAAGGAAGACCCGGACAGGAUCGAAUAUUGGGAACCAACGGGUUACCGACGAAUUCCGCAAACGACAUGCGUGGACGGUCAUCAAAAGUACGACCAAAUAAUUUCCAAACCAUGCCCUAGCAAGGAAGAGGAGUACCGAAAGAAACACGGAAUAAGCGGAGCCGGUCUAUUCUUCGCAAUCGUCAUACCGGUUCUUGUUGCGGGCGCAGCCGGUUACUUCGUCUACACCAAAUGGGAUGGCAAAUUCGGCCAAAUUCGCCUUGGCGAGAAUACCGGCGCUUCUCAAAGACUGCUGUCGCGGGAUUCCUUGCUCGUCACUGUCCCAAUUGCAGUCAUCGCCGGCAUUGUGGCCGUCGCUCGCGCCAUUCCACUCCUCGUCUCCAGCCUCUGGCGCAGUGCUAGUGGAUAUGCGCAGGUCGGACGCGGUAGAUCUCACGGUUACUCAAGGCCAUACGCAUCCCGAGGCUCCUUCGCAGCCCGGCGGGGCGAUUAUGCCAGCGUUGUCGACGACGAGGACGAGCUUCUCGGUGUGGAGGAUGCCUCCAUUGACGAAGAUGAUGAGCCGUAGCGGUAUUUGUCAAUUUGGCUAGUCUAACGUGACACAAUACCCCCUGCGUUGUAACAAGACGAUCGAGUCUGAUAUACCUGGUUUUCCGCUUCUCAGUUGAGACGGAUAUCCGGACUAGUGAUUGGGCGUUUUUUUGUUGCUUGAUGGAGAACAUUAUAUAAUGAUGGAGAUGACAGACGAUUGGGAAAGCGAGUAUACCUGAAGAUGUAACAAUUAUGAUGGAUUUGAACGAUUAGUGUUAGAAUGUGCUUUAUCCUUCUC